CUUUAUCAGCGCUGUGAGACUUCCUUCCACCGCGUUCUGGUGUGAAAUGGCUUCGGCUCUAUUCGGUGUCGGCCUUUCUCUCCCUCGGCGCCGUCAGCGGUGACCUUUGCUCCUUGUGCUCCUUGUUGUGCAGCCAGGAAGAGAGCGACGACGGAGACGGCCGUGGCCCUGGAGAAGCUGUUCCCGAGACAGUGCCAGGUCCUGGGGGUCGUGGCCCCGGGGAUUGUCGUGACGCCCAUGGGCCCCGGGAGCAGCCGGCCUCAGGAGAUAGAGAUCGGAGAGUCUGGGUUUGCCCUGCUGUUCCCUCAGGUGGAAGGAAUAAAAAUACAACCCUUUCGUUUUGUCAAGAAUCCAAAGAAUUUAUCGCUAGAACGACGUCGCUUCACUGAGGCUGGCCUCCUGGACAACCCGGAGCUCCGCGUGGUGCUGGUGUUCGGCUACAACUGCUGCAAGGUGGGCGCCAGCAGCUACCUGCAGCGCGUGGUCCGCGCCUUCGGCGACACCAACGUCGUGGUGGCCGGGGGCCAGGUGGACAACCUGGUGUCGCUGACCUCUGACACGUGCCCCCUGGACGUCGAUGGCACCGGCGUGGUCGGGCUGUCGGUGAGCGGCCAGCGCGUGCAGAGCGCCUCGGUGCUGCUGAGCGAGGACGUCAGCGACGAGAAGGCCGUGGAGGCCGCCAUGCAGCGCCUCAAGGCCGCCGGCAUCCCCGAGCGGGACACGGUGGGCUUCAUGUUCGCCUGCGUGGGCCGCGGCGCCCAGUUCUACCGGGCCCGGGGCAACGUGGAGGCCGACGCGUUCCGGAAGGCCUUCCCCGGCGUGCCCCUGUUCGGCUUCUUCGGCAACGGCGAGAUCGGCUGCGACCGCAUCGUCACGGGCAACUUCGUGCUGCGGCGCUGCAGCGAGGUGCGGGCCGAGGACCUGUUCCACAGCUACACCACCGUCCUGGCGCUGGUGCACCUGGGCGCCUCCAGGUGAGGCCCGGCCUCCCCCGCACCUGCCGGGCGCCGCCUCCGGGAACGCGGGGACUGGGAAUAUAUGUCUUUGAAACGAAAA